AUGUGUUUUACGGAGCCAGACGAGCCCAAUCCAGCCUUCGAGGAGAUAGAAAAGCGCCAAAAGGCAGAGGCUGAGGCAGAGCAAGCCCGACAGGAUGCCAAGGCUGCUGAAGAACGGAUCGCUGAGCUCAACAGGUUGAAUCAAAAAAUACAGGAAGAGGCUAGGGCGGCUGAGCAAGCCGCUAAGGAAGCCGCGGCAGCCUCAGAGGCUCAGGCCCGUAGGGAAAGGGAGGCUCAGGCCGAGGCCAAACGUGCUGCCGACGAAGCUCGCUCACAGGCGGAAGCUGCUGCUCGUACCGCCAGUGAGGAAGCAAAAAAGCAAGCGGCGCAAGCAGAGGAGGAGCGUAAGCGAACUGCCGCUGUACAAGAGCAAGCCAGACGAGACGCCCAGGCUGCCCAGGAGCGGGCCAAGAAACUACAGGAGGCUGCUGAUGAGGAGAAGAGGAAAGCGGCUGCCGCCCAGGAGGCGGCCAACGCGUCGAAGAAAGUGGCAGAAGAGCAAGUAAAGGUAGCCAAUGCUGCCAAGGAGGAGGCUGAACGCAAGUUGAAAGAAGGCAUUCAACCUGUAUUGACUCCCACACCUGAAGAAGUUAGCGCUGCCAAGCGGAGAGUGCAAUAUCGCGAGAACCUGUUCCACAUCGCAAUAGCCGGGGUGGCAGGAGGAGGGAAAUCAUCUCUCAUCAAUGCCUUCCGCGGUUUGCGUAAUAAGGGCAUCGGAGCUGCUGCCACUGGCGUCACCGAGACAACGCUAGUCAUGGCUAGAUACCCUCACCCUAAUGCAGAAUAUCCUCUUGUCUUGUACGAUUUCCCGGGCGCUGGCACGCUCAAAAUCCCAGACUGGCAGUACUUCAACGACCAGGGACUUUAUGUCUUUGACAGCAUCAUCGUCUUGUUCGACAACCGAUUCACCAUGACCGACAUCGCCAUCCUCACGAACUGCAGGCGUUUCAAGAUCCCCACGUAUAUCGUGCGCUCUAAGGCAGAUCAGCACAUCCGUAACAUUAUGGAAGAUAUGGGGUAUGACAGCGACGAUGAUAGCAGCAAGGUCAAGAAGCUUCACCAGGCUGCACGGCAGCAGUUCAUUCAGCAGACGCGCCAGAGCGUGAAAGACAACCUGCAGGAUGCCAAUAUACCUGACCAACGAGUUUAUAUCGUUUCGAAUAAAACGAUGCUCGAUGUCGCGUCGAAUACAACGAUCUUUGAUGUUCUGGCGAGAAAGCGGCCAAAGACUAUCGACGAGAUUGAGUUGUUGAGCGACUUGAUCCGAGAAGCCCAGAUCAGGCGAGGACACCGUGAUACUGAGGCGGCGACUAUUAUGAAUGAGGAGUUAGUGGGCGAUGAUACAGUUCUUCCUUCGGACUCUUACUGAUACUUGUCCGUUCUCGAUAUGAUCAUACCGUUCGUGACCGAGCUUGAUUCCAGACUUGCAGAUUCGGUUCUUCCUAUGUUUCUUUCUCUGUGCUGAUGUUGUUACUUCUCC